GUCGUCAUCUACUCAUACAAACGAACUAGCAACAGUUGGAUCAACAGACUAGGUCCUGAAGACAGUCAUGCGAAGAAAAAAAAACGGACUGUAGGACUUUUAACGUUUCUCAUCUAAUCGACGAAUCAACACAAUUACCACUAGAGGAACAGUUGUGAUUGUAAGAUGAAUUUCUCAGAGGUGUUCAAGCAAUCCAACCUACUUUGCAAAAUUUCCCCAGAUGGGAAAUAUUUGGCUACCUGUGUGCAGUACAGGCUGGUGGUGAGAGAUGUGAGCACCCUGCAGAUCCUGCAGCUCUACACCUGCCUGGACCAGAUAUCCCACAUGGACUGGUCCUCUGACUCUCUCUUUAUCCUCUGUGCUAUGUACAAGAGAGGACUGGUACAGGUGUGGUCUCUUGAACAGCCGGACUGGCACUGUAAGAUUGAUGAGGGCUCAAUAGGACUAGUCUCCUCGCGCUGGAGUCCAGAUGGACGUCACAUUCUCAACACCACUGAGUUCCAUCUGAGAAUCACCGUCUGGUCUUUGUGCACCAAAGCUGUGUCUUACAUCAAGUAUCCCAAAGCAUGUCAAAAAGGUAUAGAUUUCAGCAGAGAUGGCUGCUAUAUGGCCUUGGCUGAACGCCGUGACUGCAAAGACUAUGUUAGUGUCUUUGUCUGUGACGACUGGCAUUUACUCAGGCAUUUUGAGACUGAGACACAGGACCUGGCGGGGUUGGAGUGGUCUCCCAAUGGCUGUGUGCUGGCAGUGUGGGAUAGCUGUCUGGAGUAUAAGGUUUUGCUGUAUUCUUUGGACGGCCGGUUGCUGUCAACCUACAGUGCCUAUGAGUGGUCGCUGGGUGUCAAGUCUGUGACCUGGAGCCCCAGCAGCCAGUUCCUGGCCAUUGGAAGCUUUGAUGAAAAAGUGCGUAUCCUCAAUCAUAUCACGUGGAAGAAAAUCACACAGUUUGAGCAUCCAGCAACAAUCAGCAACACAAAAGCUGUUGUCUAUAAGGAAGUGGAGAGAAGGCCAGCUGUUGGCAGUGAAGACCUGUCGCUGCACAACAUUACAAUUGGCACCACCCUCUUCAACACCCAGAGCAAAUACGAGAUCUGCCCCCCACCAGUCCAAAUUCCUGUGGUCAAACCAGACCCAGACAGAGCCAACCCCAAGAUUGGUGUCUCUACUUUGGCAUUCAGUUCAGACAGUCGCUAUCUAGCCACCAAAAAUGACAACAUGGCCAGUGUUGUCUGGGUGUGGGAUAUGCAGAAGAUGAGCCUGGAGGCUGUGCUUGAGCAAACAUCGGCUGUGCGUUGCUUUCAGUGGGACCCGCGACGCCCCCGGCUGGCACUGUGUACAGCCAACACCAAACUCUAUCUCUGGUCCCCGGCAGGCUGCGUUUCCGUCCAAGUCCCCACUGAAGGUGGUUUUCAGGUCCAGUCACUAAACUGGCAUUGCAGUGGCGACUCUCUGAUCCUGCUCGGAAAGGAGCAGCUGUGUUUGUGCUACAUGGACACUAACCAGGAGGACAAGUAAAACACACAAAAACAGAUCCCCAGAAAAAUUGUUUAGGCCUGUCCGCAAUACAUACUUGGUGUGUUAUGGUGAUGACAAAAAGACUGGUGGGAACAGUUCUCACCUUUCACAUGUUGAACUGUAGCUGCUCACCAGGUUGUUAAGGCCCUCAGUGCAGGUUCCUUUUCUUGAAAACAUAUGGAAACCUGACAAGACCUUCCUCCUGUGUCCAUUGACUGAAUAAAUAUCACUUUUUAAAUAACCAAAUGCACACUGAAGCACUAGUUUCAAACACUGAGAAGAUAGAGGUUUACAAAGUUUUAUAUAUUUCACUGUUAAGUAUUUUUUAUGUGUUGUACCUUGGAAUUGUGUAAUUAUUUUGAAUAAAUUUUUUUGCAAAUACUGCAUCUUAAUGCAA